AUGCCGGACCAGGUGAAGCACUGCAAGACGGCGCUCAAGGUGCUCGACAAAAAGCUCAAGAAGCCGGCAGCAAUAUUCGACGACUUUAGAGGCCUUCCGGCCAUAAGAACAUCACUCCAGUUGGCUCAGAAGUUUACUGUGGCUCGAAGUCCUGCUAAUAGGGAAAGGAACCGCUACACUGAUGUCUUGGCAUUUGAUGAAACCAGGAUAAAGCUACAGUCCUCAACAGGCAAUCAGACUUCAAGUAAUGAUUACAUCAAUGCAAGCCUUAUAAAGUAUGAUGACAAAGAUCAGACAAAGUUCAUUUCUACUCAAGGUCCGCUAGUCAAUACAUUCGAAGAUUUUUGGCAGAUGGUCUUUGAGAACAGCUGUCCUGUAAUUGUCAUGCUCACUAAAUUUGACAUUGCUAAGUGUGAUGAGUAUCUUCCACUGAGCAAGGGGCAAGGAGACUAUGGAAGAUUGAACAUUAAAAUCCUGGAGACCAGACAAGAUGGGGAAUUAACAUUGCGCAGUGUGAAGGUGCAACAUAACGAGUCAGAUAGAGUGCAUACUGUUCUCCACAUCCAGCACUCCACAUGGCCUGACCAUGGUGUGCCAGAUGACAGCAGUACUGUACGGAAGAUUCUAAAAAGAUUAUAUUACGUUCCUAAAGAGCACCCAGUUGUUGCACAUUGCAGUGCAGGCAUUGGGAGAACUGGUGCUUACAUUACAAUCCAUAAUACAGUAGAGAGGAUAUUACGUGGUGAACAAGCUGCUACAAAUCUUGUGGAAACUGUCGGGAAGUUUAGAUCCCAGAGACCUGGCAUGGUCCAAACGGAGGUACGAUUGUGUUAUUUAUUUAUUUCAGUUUGUAAAUCAGUUAUUGGAUCCUCCCAGGUUAGGUUAUGGAUCUUGAUCCACAACGAGAUUAUUGUGGUAGAUUAA